UUUCUUUCCCCCCACAAUCAUAGAUUGAGAUGAAACCAAGAACUAUGAUUGGAUAAGGCAAUAUGCGAAGUGGCGAAAGAAAAGACAACCACGGAACCAAAUAUCUUCCUGCCUAAUUUAGUUGUCAAAAAUUUGCCACACUUUGUUGUUAAUCAAUUAGUUUUGUUGUAUUUCAAUGGCUUCCUGUCUCUCACUUCAUCAGCACUCUAUCUAUUGUCUCUCUCUUACUCCUACUACUCUUCGUUUCUCCAAAUGGCCAUAUCAUCAUCAUCAUAUUUCUACUGUUGUUCCAUCUUUUCGCAACAAUUUCCUCAAAUUGGGUUCUCCUACAACAGUCCCCAGUGCUCUUACAGAAUCUGAUUCCCCAAGAUCUCUCGAUCCAGACCCUCAAACUCUUCUGCAACAAGUCGCUGACAGUUUUGUUCUACCCGCUGAUUAUUUUUCGCAGCUUCCUCGUGAUCUUCGCUUAGAUCUGAACGAUGCAGCAUUUGAUCUUUCAAAUGGGCCAGUUAAAGAUGAGUGUGGCGAGGAGGUGGGAGAGAUAUUGUUAAAUAUAAGCCGGGCAUGGGAAAUGGCUGAUACAUCUACAUCCACAGCUUUAGUGGAUAAGCUGCCUUUUUUAGUUGGCUCAUUGACAGGCUCUCAAAAAUCAGCAUUUGGAAGACGCUUGUUAUCAGCUGGAAGAAGGUUCCAUUCCAUGGGACAAUAUGGUGAAGGUGAAAUACAGAAGAUUGCUAAAGCUAUGAUAAAUACUGGAAAGUUGUUGUCUGCAAGUCCAGUAUCUGGGGUUGAUGGUGAAGAACUUAAGCAGCAAACCAGGACAUUCAAGUUUGGGGAUCUUCAGGUUGAAUUGACCUCUGGAAAAGCCUACACUGGAGCUGCCAUUGCCUUUAUCUUUAGUUUUCUUUCUUGGGAAUUAAGUCAAGGCGUAGAGAGCAUACCAGAGAGCUCUUUACAGUAUGCAAAUGACAACGCUUUAUCUCUUGCCAAGUCCCUACGAGGAUCUCUGCUUGUGAUGUCCUAUUCAUCGACCAUUUUGUCUGCUUUUGCAAUGGUGGGACUUAUUUUACUUGGGGGACAACUUAAGUCGGAAGAUAAGUGAGAAGCUGGGCUCUUUCGACUUUCAAGGGAGGGAGGAGGGGCACUUGGUUAUCAUAUGGGGCUAAUCACUAGAAGGCCUUUGGUGGCUAGCUGAUGACUCUGCUGAAGUAAUUGAAAUAAUUUUACUUCUGAUAGAACCUUUCUGCUGUUAGGCAACUAUAAAAUACAUUACAACAACAACAACAACAACAAACCCAGUGUAUUCCCACUUAGUGGGGUCUGGG